AUGGAGAAACGGAAACCUGUUUCCGCUCUUCGUAUUCUUUUUAUGUUGUUUGUGUUUGAGAUGACAGCUAAGGGAUAUAGUGAUUCCCAUGUUGCUGGUACUUCCGUUGAUCAUAAUUUAAUCAGUUUCGACUUUUCGGACUCUAUCCGGAACUUGUUAUCGGUAGGUAACGAUCACGACGAAAAUGGAAAGGUGGAUUCAUCAAAGGAACAGGAAGGGUCGGGCCGGAGUUCUAGAGCUGCACCUGCACCCCCUCCACCUAGAAGAGGAUCAGGAGAAAGAGCUUGUAGACCUGCACCCCCUCCACCUAGUAGAGGAUCUAGUCGUAGAGCUAGAAGACCGGCCCCUCCUCCUCCUAGGGGUAACCGACCAAUUAGAGGAAGAAGAUCUGCUCCUGGACCACCUCCGUUGCCUCCGCCGCCACCACCUCCUCCUUGUGGUUACUGUUAG